AUGUACAGCGAUUGGGCCUCACUAAUCCCUGAAAUUCAGUUAGACGUCAGCAACCAAAGUGUACUUUCCUGCUUCAAUCAGAGCACCAGCAAGGAGGUUGUUAAUGGAGUCGUUAGGAACCUCUGUGCCAACAUGAACAGGUGGGGGCAUUAUGGAAUUAAUCCGAACUGCUUGACUAGGGAUUCUGAUGUCAUCUGGACUAUGCAGAUUUUAUGCCAUGGACUAACCCUACCACCUAGCGAACGAGAAACUCUCUCAGACUGUGUGAACAUAUAUUGUGACUGGCUACAUUGCAUAGUCGAGCCUAAUAAAGUCCUGCCUAAACCACUAAAUGAUGACCCAAAUAGAUAUUUUAGGGAUGUGCUGAGUCAUUCUGUUAAUUUGUUCAAGCCUCGGGCUGAUGCUAGUGGUAGUAGUAGUAGUAGUUGUUGUAAUGGUAUCACAUCUGAGACUUGGGCUCAUACUCUUAAGUUCUUACUGACCAUUGGAGAUGCUCUACUCAGCCCACCAACGGAAAUAGACUGUUUAGGCUCUCAGUUAUGUGAUCAAAUGAUUUGCGUGCUAUUUGAAUUGUGGUUGCUCUCCUGCUCUCAAGGGCAUUUCCCGACUCCAUCUCUAUGGAAAACCAUGCAUGAAAUUUGUCUUGGUUGGCGUCACCACGAAGCCUUAGUAACUCAAUGGCAUAGAGUUAAUUCAGCGUUAACUAUCAAGCUAUUGAAGAUUUUGUAUGGUAGUUUUGAUCAGUCAAGGAAUUUUCAGAAUUAUGAAGAAGAUGAGUCCCUUCCAAUAGCGAGCAUGUCCAACGACACUGUAAUCCAAUGCUGGUACCGAUUUCUCCGCCUGAUCGGUAAUCCGGUCGAUUUCAGCCGGCCGCGGGUCAUUAGUAACACCCAGAGGUUCCUCCACGUGGCACUAUCGAGUACCGACGUGGUUGAGCCGCACCAACUGGACUGUCUUAAACAGCUGCCGGUCAUUUUCUUCAAGGCCAUGAAGGCCGUUUCAUUCAUUGCCGAUGCUUUUCUCGGUUGCCACAAAGAACCGGUCGAUUUUGAUUGGCUCCUGUCAGUCAUCAACACCAGCCAAUCAAACGAGCCGCCCGCCGUAACUCCGCCUCCGGUCAGGAAGCAAAAAGUUACUUUCCUACCUUACAUGGUUAAAGCGUCAACAACAACCACAACAACAACAACAACAACAACAACGUCAUCGGAAAACACCACGACGAUGACGUCAUCGUCUCAUUAUUCUUUGUUAUCAAUUUAUCGCCCCCGGGUUAAUAGCUUGAUGAAUUUAUUGGGGGAGUGGCUGUUGGAUGCCUCCCUAGUCAGGGUCAAAGUGCAUGGGUCGAAUUAUAAAGGUCAGGGCUUUUAUUAUUAUUGUUAUUAUUAUUAUUAUUUAUUACUUACUCUUAUUACUUACUCUUAUUAUUACUAUUACUGUAUGUUGUAG